CCAGACACAGCUUAUCAAUAAAAAAAUCUUUAUCGUCUGAAAAGCCGUAUUUGUCAGCUGCAAAAUGCCUUCUAAAAUUUAUAAAUACAAUCUUGUGCUGUUACUACUUCUAAAUGUUUUUAUAGGAUCAAUUGCAGUUAUUUCAAACGAAGACAAACUCACAAGAUUUUUAUUCAACAAAACUCGAUAUUCGCCGAUGUAUCGACCAGUGUUGAACGACACCGCGCCUCUCUUAGUUCACCAUGUUCUAUAUCUUCUCAUGAUCUCAGAUGUGGACGAGAAAAACAUGAUAUUGACAACUUCUGUCCGAAUAAAAAUGAUGUGGAAGGACGAGUUUCUGACUUGGGAGCCUGGUGACUACGGUGGAAUGAAGGAAAUUAACCCCGAACCGACAAGCAUUUGGACACCGUCUAUUAUAUUGUAUAACAAAGCUCAGAGCAAUCUUGAUUACGACAAACCACGUGCUAAUCUGAAGCAUGAUGGGAGUGUUUCGUGGCUUUUUGCCAUGGUGAUAAAAAGUUCGUGCUUAAUUCACGUCCAGUACUUUCCGUUCGAUGAACAGGUAUGUGAACUCUUUUUUGGAUCAUGGAACUAUGACGUCACUAAACUUGAUCUCCAACCAAAGUCAAGGGAAGAAAUGUUGUAUGAUUACCACCUUAAUGGCGAAUGGGAGUUGAUGGAGGCGUCAAGCAGACGAACAACGGUCGUUCAUAUCUGCUGCAAGAAUGAUGUAGCAAGGAUCACCUACCAUCUUCAUUUGAAGAGAAGAACGCUUUUCUACAUGACGAAUUUCAUUCUACCAUGUGCAAUCAUCGCUUUUUUGACGCUCUUGGUUUUUCUAACGCCAAUUGAAUCAGGGGAGCGAAUGGCAGUUGGUGUAACUAUUCUCCUAUCGAUGGCUGUGUUUUUCCUAAUGCUCGAGUCUACCAUGCCAUCAUCUAAUGAGCUACCCUUGUUAGCCAAAUAUUACUGCUGUACGGUUAUAGAAGUUGUUUGUUGCAUGGUUGCCAUGUGUUGGAUACUACGACUAGUGCAUCACGACCCUAAGCCCUUGGCAAAGUGGUUAAAGAAAGCCGUCUUGCGAUAUUUAGCAUCGUUUGUGUUCUAUAAAACGGGACACAGAAUAAGACCGCGAAAAAUCGAGGUUCAAGAAAAUACAGUUCAAAGAGACGCUGAAAUAGAGACAAAGUUUGCCGGCAAGUGGCUAAAAAAACUUAAGCAAAAAGGUGGAAAGUCACAGGUAAACCAAGAGUCAAACGCCGAAGAAAACAAGGCUAUAAACAUUUUAUCAGUUAAAGUAAGAGAAGAAGUAAACAACGAAAAGCUAAAGGAACAAUGGGUGACUGUAGCAAACGUGUUAAACCGGUUUUUUACCUGUUUAUUCCUGUUUGCAGCUGUGAUGACUAUGUUAGCUAUUUUUGUAUUUAUAACUCCGAUUCACGAUUUUCAUUAGGGUGAAACGACCAAAAGGAAACAGACCUUUCUUACAGUUGAACCCUCGACUUAGCGGUCAGCCUCCAUUAAACGGCCACUCAUGAAUUCCCUAAAAGUCGAUUCUCAUAUAUAUUGACUGUAAACGUGACCUCUAUUAAACGGUGUUCCGAAACGAGGACAGCAAGCCCGACAAAAUGGCGAGGCUGCGAAGGCGACAAAGGAGAACGCGGACGCUUUCAACAUUUGCUACAACAAUUGUUCCAUUUUGUUGAGCGGCAAUGUUGAAGAUGUUGAAUACGUUUGCGAGAGGCUGAAUUGUUGUUGAAGCGUUUAAAACUUUUCAACACUGAGCCAAUAUUUCUUUUGUUCUCAAAUAUGUUGUUUGAUGCUGAGCCGCCUGUGCGCGGCCAUUUCAACAGGAAAAAACAAAUGUUGAAGCCGUAUGUGUGGCCUUCAUUUUGAACGUCAAUAUAGUGUAUGACUCUGUGCUGGCACUAUUCUGUAGGGAUUUUGAAAAAUAUUUUAAGAAUUUUGGUUUCUGGAGUGGAGAAGAUGAAAUCUCUUUUUUACGUUCUAAGUUUUGUUUUGGUGUAAUCAUUGUAGCACACUGAUGUCAAGAUAUGAAAAAAAUGAUUGUUAGCUGUCAGCCAAUCAAAAGAAGCAUAUCUUUUGAAUAUAUAAUUCUAUUAUCUAUAUCACAAGGACUGUAUUAAUUAAGAACAAAAUAAAACAAUGUUCUUAGAAUAUGCAUGUAAUGUAUCGGUUAUGUAUAUAGUACACCAAACAUUAAACUUAUUAAAUAAAAAAAUAAAAAAAAAAAACAAACAAAAAACAAACAAAUAAAAAACAAAACAAAAAAAAAGAAACAGCCUUAAAGGUCCAUGGUCAACCGUCAUUCAAUGCGCUCGUGUUUUAGAUUUUUCAUAUAUGAAAAAUAAAGGGGACUUCAAAUACCAUUCACAAUCUGUUUCCAUCCAUCGGAUUAAAGGUGGAAUCUUACAGUAUCUCCAUUCAUAUAGUAUAAAGUGAUAAUAAAGAGUAAGUUUUUGCUUAUAUUACGAUGUAUAUUUAUUUCCAAACAUAUGAAUAAAAGCUCGAAAAGGAUGCUGGUGGACCAUGUCCCUUAUAUUCAAUAAAUAUUCUAUUCUGUGCUGCAGUCGUCCUGCAGCUUUCUAGUUAUCGAGAAAUAAAUACAGAUUGUGUCUAACA